GUGAUGGAUUAGUCUAAAACCAAACCUCUCUCCUGAUAUAAUCUGACUUCUCUGGAUACUUCAUAUUUUGAAGAUUUCAGAAGACCAGAUGAGCUUGAGCUUACAUGAAGUCACACAGUAUGGAUCAUGACAUAACAAUCAGUACCAGCAUCUGGGGACCCAGGCAGAAGUCCAGGCACACUGACAGUACAGAAAGCAGAUUUCUCAUUUUGAUGAAACUCAUGGAUGCAGCACAGUGGCAGAUAACUGGAAUUGCCUCUCUGGGAUAAAACUGAAAUGACAAGUACUCAAUUUGAUUGUCAAUACUGUACGGUCUCCCUUCUUGGGAAGAAAUAUGUACUCAAGGAUGAUAAUCUAUACUGCGUCUCCUGCUAUGAUCGUAUCUUUUCUAACUAUUGUGAGCAGUGUAAAGAACCAAUUGAAUCAGAUUCUAAGGAUCUUUGCUACAAAAACCGUCACUGGCAUGAAGGAUGCUUCAGGUGCAACAAAUGCCAUCACUCUUUGGUGGAAAAGCCUUUUGUUGCCAAGGAUGAGCGCCUGCUGUGCACAGACUGCUAUUCCAACCAGUGUUCCUCCAAGUGCUUCCACUGCAAGAGAACCAUCAUGCCAGGUUCUCGGAAAAUGGAAUUUAAGGGCAAUUACUGGCAUGAAACCUGCUUUGUGUGUGAACACUGCAGACAGCCAAUAGGAACCAAGCCUUUGAUCUCCAAAGAGAGUGGCAAUUAUUGUGUGCCAUGUUUUGAGAAGGAGUUUGCUCAUUACUGCAACUUCUGUAAGAAGGUGAUAACUUCCGGUGGAAUAACCUUCCGUGAUCAGAUAUGGCAUAAAGAGUGUUUUCUGUGCAGCGGCUGCAGGAAAGAGCUUUAUGAGGAGGCAUUUAUGUCAAAGGAUGAUUUCCCAUUCUGCCUGGAUUGCUACAACCAUCUUUAUGCUAAAAAGUGUGCAGCCUGCAACAAACCCAUCACUGGCCUCAGAGGUGCCAAGUUCAUCUGCUUUCAAGACCGCCAGUGGCACAGUGAGUGCUUCAAUUGUGGAAAGUGCUCGGUCUCCUUGGUGGGUGAAGGAUUCUUGACCCAAAACAUGGAAAUCUUAUGCCGCAAGUGUGGCUCCGGAGCAGACACUGAUGUGUAGAAAGAGACAAGUCUUUCCCUACCUGAAAUCCACUUUGCCCUUGCUCUCACUAAAUCCGGAACU